AUGGUAUCUGACGAGCUGCAAGCCGUCAUUCGGAGUCUACACAGCCCAGCGCUGCUUUUAUCGCAAUCUCGAAUGAUACUUGCGGUCAACGAUGCUGUAUGUAGGCUCACCGGCGAACUUUCGCACGAGUCCUUGAUCGACCGCAAUGUUCAGGAACUGGGGUUUGAGCUAGCCUCAGACGGCCAAUUUUGCCACCAGGACUGGGACUCCCUGUUUCAAGCAUGUGUGUCUGAUCAAGCAAAGCCCGUGAUAUCGCGAGAGAGCAAAUAUGGAAGCAGCAACGACAAGCCGUGUGAGUCUCGGGCCAAAGACUUCUGGGAUGACGAAGACCGAAGGGAGGCGGCAAUUUCGGAUGUCGUAGUUACAGAGUUGAGGUCAAAGUCUGUGCCAGUGCGAGCUCGCAUGAUUAUGCGGCCCUUGCAACUCGAAGACGGUUCCUUCUACGUUGUCGUUUUCCAACGACCAUCAGCGCGUACACAAUUUGAUGACGACGGGCACGCCCGAAAAGAUACUAAUGCGGGUGAAGCCGACCUUCAGCUAUCUCGGAGUGAUCUUAAGGAACGAGAGGCGCAGGUGCAUAACCUCGUAAGCACUAAUAUACCAUACUUCACAGCAAUCUUCGAUUCUGAGGGUAAAGCGGUACACUUAUCACUGUCAUGGCAACGUGUCACGGAUAUGAAACAAAAAGACAGUCUAGGCACCGGAUGGUUUCAGGCGAUUCAUCCAGACGACAGACAGUCCAUGAGGAACGCUUUCGAUAAAAUGGUGAAGGUUGGUGACAACUCGUGGACUUGGGAAGCUAGAUAUCGCAAUAAACACGGUACUUACAAGUGGUUUCUAGUUCGUCUAGAGCCUGCUAAGGACGACACCGGCAGCAUCAAAUACUGGUAUGGGUCUAUGAUGGACGUGGAUGCAUUGUUAACCUCGAGGCAAGCAUCCGAGAACCGCAGAAAGUCUAUUAUGGCACUUGUGUCAAAGACCAAUGUUUGUUUGUGGGGCCUCAAUACAGACCGCAGUCUCCUGCUUCAGGAAGGCUCGCUGCACUGGGACCCUAUGGCGGCAUUGGACAUUCGCUCGAGAAGGUCAAGCAUAGCGGACCCGGACGCGUCGACCUCCUCGGACCGUGUUUUCGACUCUAUCCAAGACAUUCUCGAUGGCAGAACGAAUAUUCAGAUCUUAGAGCACAAGGAGCAAGACCGAUGGUAUCGAUCUACCCUGAUUGCUGACCUCCAAGGCCAUAUACCACAUCAAACCACAAGCCAGAUUGUACAGGCAGUGCUAGGUCUGACAUUUGACAUAACAGACGUUAGAGCUCGGACUGAGCUCGAAGUGCAGAACGAGAUUCUCGUCCAAAAAGAACGUGCAGCGAAGGAAGCUAGUGAGCUCAAAAGCAGAUUUGUGGCCAACAUCUCGCACGAGUUGAGGACGCCUAUUGCUGGAAUCAUUGGCAUGAACGAUCUGCUUAUAGAAUCCUUGGUCAAUCAGGAACAACGCUAUUUCUCCAACAGCAUACGCUCGUCCGCAGCACAGCUUCUGACCGUGGUCAAUGAUGUUCUCGAUCUGAGCAAGAUUGAAGCUGGACGCCUGGAGAUUGAAGCAUUGCCAUUCCGGGUUUGUAGGCUUGUUGAGAACAUACAAAGCAUCAUGACCAUCCAGGCAGAGCGUAAAGGACUCGAGUUCGUAUGCAGAAAUGUUGAUAUCCCACAGGCAGCUGUGGUCAUUGGUGACCCUAAUCGACUGCAGCAAGUAUUCUUGAAUUUACUGAGCAACAGUAUCAAAUUCACGCAGACCGGCAGGGUAACGUUAGAUGCGUCUCUGGUACCAUCGACUAAGGCCGCCAAAGAAAUCAUCUCACAGUCUUCGGUCCACAUCAAUCCAACUUCUCAAUCCUCGAAGUCCUCAGACGAUGAAGCUCAGAUGAUCCAAGUCCAUUUCGUUGUGGAAGAUACUGGUUGCGGAAUGACCGAUGCCACAAUCGAAAAGAUAUUCGAAGCGUUUUCGCAAGCCGAUUCCUCAACCGCUAGGCAGUAUGGUGGUACUGGUCUUGGAUUAACAAUCACUCGUCAACUUGUGGAAUUGAUGAAUGGCUCAAUCACAUUCUCAUCCACACCAGAUGUCGGCACUCGGGCUGUGGUCACAAUGAGCUUCAAAGAGGCCAGCCAAGAAGAUGAAGAAAUCGAUUUAGACGUUCUGGAUCAAUCGCAUGCACUGGCAACGGAUGCCAAACACAUCACCAAAGCUUACACUUCCUUGGAUGACACCAAGAGACUACCAACGCGUCAGACAUCUGCUAGGAGAGGAAGUCAGGAUCAAGGUCAUGCCCUGUCCACAGUGUCCAUGACCGAGCGCAACAAGAAACUCAUCCUGAUCGUUGAGGACAAUGCAGUAAAUCUGAAGAUAGCAACAGUCAUGACUGAGAGACUAGGAUUCCAGGUCAUCACCGCCUCAAACGGAGAAGAAGCUCUCAACCUGUUGGCUGAACGUGUGGGAUCCCUGCUACCUUGCCCGGACAUCAUUCUCAUGGACUGCAUGAUGCCUAUAAUGGACGGGUACGAAGCUACUCGAAGACUCAGGCAGGAUAUUUCACGUUUCCCUGCUAGUUCUAGAGGGACGCCCAUCAUUGCUCUGACUGCGAGCGCCCACAAGGGCGAUAUGGAGAGAUGCUUGGAAGCAGGCAUGAACGAUUACUUAAUCAAGCCGGUCAACAAGAAGAAGUUGGAGCAAGCUCUAGUCCAAUGGACAUUGAAAGCACAGCAGAGAUUGGCUCCGAUCGGGGAGCUACAGGAUAGUCGUGCAGAAACCUGA